UUCAUUUAAAUGAAUUCAGCAGACAUGGCUUCCUACAUACAAAUCUCGUUUCCUCUCGCGACACUAUAAAUGGUGUUCGAUGACAGCUGCUAUCAUGCCGCAUAUUGAUUAGCCAAAGCUAGCAGUAUAGCCUUAAAGAGACAACCAACUGACCUCAUUUUAUUAUUUAUACAAGCCACCUUAUUUCGGAAAAAAAACCUUCCAACUGAAAGGGACUGCCUAAUAGCUUGGCGCGUUUCUUGGUUCCUCCAUAGACUCUCAACGGUGUCUUCACGGCUUUUGGCACAAAAUCUAGACUGUCGAGAAGACCAUAGCUCUCUGUUGCCAAUGUCUUCCGAAACUCAAACAACAUCCUGUGCCGAUAACAUGGAGUCUGCGGAGGACAGCUGGAGACCACAUUAUGUCACCGGGGACCUGUUUACUGGCCCAGCGGACGAAGCCCUGGCCCACUGCAUCAGUGAGGACUGCCGCAUGGGGGCAGGCAUAGCAGUGCUGUUCAAGAAGAAGUUCAACGGGGUGCCAGAGUUAAAGGAACAGAAAAAGGUGACCGGACAGUGUGCUGUGCUGACAAGAAAUGGACGCUUUGUCUACUAUCUGAUUACAAAGAAAAGGGCUAGCCAGAAACCCACCUACAGCAGCCUGAGACAGAGCCUCGAGGACAUGAAGGCUCAUUGUGCCAAGAAUGGAGUGACAAGAAUAUCAAUGCCUCGUAUCGGGUGUGGCCUGGACAGACUGGAGUGGCCGAAAGUGUCGGUGAUACUGGAGCAGGUCUUCAAGCACACAAACAUCACCAUCACAGUCUACAGCCUUCCUCAGAGAGCAGAGACCACUGCAAUGAAGGACAAUUCACAUAGAUGAUAAAAAUGGAAAUGUUAGUAUUUUUUUCGUUCAUGUUCACUUCAUGCACUUUUUUAUAAUGUCAAAAAUUGGAGGGAGAAAUGUUAUGGAGUAUAUUAUAUGGAAAUAAAAUGUCAUUUUUUCUACAAAUCAAAAUCAAAUAAGCUCACUUGACCUUAUACAAGUACAUUUGACAGAAUUGUACAGUUCAGACUGUUGGUAUGAGUGCAGUUAGUAGAUUUAUGGUUUUCUUUUUGUUAGAUUAAAUCUCCCUCUCACUCCACAGGAUUAAAUUUUAGACCUUUUCAAGUUGUCCAUAUUGUAUUUCCCAGGCAGAUAUUAAAAUCAAUUAUGCUUCCCACUCUUAAAAAGUACACAAAGCUCUUCACAUGGGCUAUUCAAAAGUAGACUUUUUAGGAUGUCAAAAAUAAAAAUCUGUC